UGCCGUUUGUGCAGCCUAUUUAAGGCCCAGUCUGGGCCUGGCCUUCAGUCAGUUAUCCUUUGGCUUAGCACACACGCACAACAUGUUGACGAACAACGAGCUCAUCGAGCACUUCUACUACAGCGCCGAUAGUCUGGAGGCCGACUCCUCGGAGACCAUGCUCGGCCAGGACAACUUGCAGCAGCAGCUGGAGCAGUUCAUGAAUCAGCAGGAGGACAGAGACUUUAGCGGCAGCGCGGACAGCUUAUCCGAUGGCACCAAUAGCUGCUCUCUGGAGCUGUACUACGAUACACCAGCCGUGCUGGAGUUGGAGCAAAUGCUCAGCGCUCAAACCCAACAGCAGCACAAGCAGCUGCAACGCCAACAGCAACAACAACAGCAACUGCAGCAGCAACAACAACAGAUUCAACAGCAAUUGUCUGUUGGUGCCAGCAAAUACCAGACAAAGGCAGCCAAAUAUUGGCAAAAGACAGCACGCAGCAGACCCUAUGACUACCAUCAUGCCUAUCCGAGUGCCUCAUAUGAGGAGGAGCCGGAGGAGCACGAGAGCUGCGGCAAAGAUGUCCUGCGCAAGCGCCGGCUGGCGGCCAAUGCACGCGAACGUCGCCGCAUGAACAGCCUCAAUGAUGCCUUCGACAAGCUGAGGGAUGUGGUGCCAUCUCUGGGUCACGAUCGACGACUCUCCAAGUACGAAACAUUGCAAAUGGCGCAGGCGUACAUUGGGGAUCUGCUCACGCUGCUAGCCAGAGACUACUGAGCGGGCGGGGGCCGGUGGGGGGCAUCAAUGCAACCGGGGCGUGUUGCUGCAACACUUGAUCCUAGUGUCAACUUUUAAAGGCUGUUAAUUCCUAAAUUUAGCUGAUAGACUUUUGUAAAUAAGUUAGGAUUUUUAAAGCGUUUAUUAAA